GUAUCGCGGAUGUGAGGGCCGUGAAGGAAAGUCACGUAUACGCGAGAAAUAAUGAAGUCGAGGAGUGGCAACGGGUGCGACGGCGAAGAGUAACGCGCGGAUAGUGUAAUUCGGUAAUUUUGUUGGGAAACUGAUUAAAUGUGUCACGAUUGAGCUCAGUUAGACUAUUUGCAACACGUGCAGAAUAUUUCAGAUGAUCGACACUAUCUAACCUGCAUAAUGAACGACUUCGGUUACGGAAAACAACGAGAAAGUAACGAUUGGCACGAUAACAUCCGAGAUGAACAGGGGAAAAUGGAAAAUCGGGGUAAGAAGCGGGACGCAGAAUCUAUGACUCUUAAACGAUUAGAUAGCAUUCAGGAUCCAGGAAAGAGAUAUGCCCUGAAGGAUCGCAUUGGUAGCGGUAUAUGCGGCGAUGUUUACGAAGGGAUUGAUCAGCAGGCCGGAAAUAAAAGAGUUGCCGUUAAGAUUCAAAAGCUCACGCCGGAAACACAGACCCUAAUUGUGGAAGAGUAUCGUAUUCUUCGUGAUUUCGCCGGUCAUCCAAACCUGCCGGAUUUCUACGGAAUAUAUCGCAGACGAUCAGCGAAGAAAUCCGAGUGCGACGAAAUAUGGUUUGUCAUGGAGCUCUGCGAAGGUGGAACAGUCAUGGAUCUCGUUCGCGGAAUAAUUGCAAGUGACAAAAGAAUACGAGAGGAACAUAUUGCCUUUAUCUUAAGGGAAGUGAUCAAGGCUUUGAUCCACUUGCACGAGCACAACAUAAUCCACAGGGACAUCCGUGGCAACAAUAUCGUUCUGACGAAGGAAGGCGAAGUGAAACUAGUGGAUUUCGGGCUCUCGAGAACGAUGAAGAGCGAGCUCGAGAAACGGCGCACCUACAUAGGCUCGCCGUCCUGGAUGGCACCGGAAGUGGUUGGCAGCAAGGACAGCGGAUACGACAGUCGAGUCGACGUAUGGGCGAUCGGCAUCACGGCGAUAGAGCUGGCCGACGGCAAAGCGCCGUUCGAAGCCAUGCAUCCGACUCGUGCGCUCUUCCAGAUCGUUCGAAACCCACCGCCGACUCUCUACCGACCCGCCAACUGGUCGAAGAAUCUCAAUGACUUCAUUUCGGAAUGCCUCGAGAAGAAUCCCGAGAACAGGCCGUACAUGAUGGAGAUCAUCGAGCACCCCUUUCUGUCGGAGCUACCCGAAAACGAUUAUCCUCUGACGCAAGAGAUCAAAGCGUUGACGAUGGAUCUCUCGGAGAAGGGCAGGAAACAAAGAAAAGCGGAAUCAAUAGUUCGUAAAGGUUUCCUGAAGACCCGUCAGGAUGAACCGCCGGAACAAAUGCUCACGGAGGACCUGGCGGCACUGGACAUCCUGACUGAGGACGCGAUCUUGGAUGAACUUCGCGAAAAACUGCGGCGAGGUGAAUAUCACACGUUUAUCGGCGACAUUUUAUUGAUACUCAACCCGAACGAGGAGCACGAUAUUUACAAUGUUUACCAUCAUGCAAAGUAUCAAUGCAAAUCGCGAUCAGAUAAUGCUCCGCACAUCUAUUCCGUGGCAGACAGCGCGUUUCAAGAUGUCAUGCUUAACGAAGAAUCUCAGCACAUUUUGCUGGCCGGUGAAAGCAACUCCGGGAAAACGACGAAUAUGCUGCAUCUAGUGGAGCACCUUAUGUUCCUCGGAAAAGGUCUGCACGAUACCGGAACAAAGGUGCUGCGAGCUAUAAGAAUCAUUCACGCUUUUACGAACGCGGCGACACCGCUGAAUGCAAAUUCAACCAGAUGUAUGUUGCAAAUACAGACGACUUACGGGUCGACCGGCAAAGCAUCAGGCGCAAUAUUCUGGCUGUAUCAGUUGGAAAAAUGGCGCGUGUCGACUCACGACAGAAAUCAAUCAAACUUUCAUAUCUUUUACUACCUUUACGACGGUCUCGAGGCAUCAGGAAAAUUGAAAACGUAUUUCCUACCAAGUGGGAGAAAACUUCGAUAUCUCCGAGUAACCGACAAGGGCACCGAAAAGAAACGAGCGUUCAAAGUGAGAAGCGAGCCACAAAAUAACGCGAUUAAACUCGAGGAACUUAAGGAAUGCUUUAAGUUGAUGGAUAUGGAGGAGCAUUGCCAGACGAUUUGGAAAAUCCUCGCAGCGAUUCUGACACUCGGGGAGAUUCGAUUCGUCGAAGGCAAUAAUGGAGAGGCUGAGGUGGACAACACCGAAACUGCUAAAAGAGUGGCGGAACUACUUGGCAUAGACUCGAAAAAAUUCAUUUGGUCCCUCGUUAAUUACUGCUUGGUCGUGAAGGGGUCAGCGAUACGCAGGAAACACACUUGUGAAGAAGCGAAAGAGGCGCGGGAUGUCUUGGCGAACACUCUUUAUCAGCGUUUGGUAGACUGGAUAAUCAACACCUUCAACUAUAAGCUUUCGAUGACUCGUAGCCUUUACGGCGAUAAAUAUUCCAUUAGCAUCCUUGAUCACUUUGGACUCGAAUGUUUCUCAGUAAAUCGGCUGGAACAGCUAUUGGUGAACACGAUAAACGAACAAAUGCAAUAUUAUUAUAAUCAAAGAGUGUUCGCUUGGGAAAUGCAAGAGCAAGAAGAGGAGGAUAUACCUAUGCAACGUUUACGCUUUUACGAUAAUAAGGAAGCGGUCGAUCAAUUAAUGAGCAAGCAAGAUGGCCUCUUUCAUAUUAUCGACGACGCUUCGCGGCAAAUGCAAGACGCUCAAUUUAUUCUCGAGAGGAUUAAAGAACAUAAACGUGGCAUUCACGUGAAACCAGUGAGUUCGCACGAGUUCACGGUUGCACAUUAUACCGGUAAGCUGAUAUACGACGCCAGCGAAAUUGCCACGAAAAAUCGAGACUUCAUACCGCCGGAAAUGAUCGGCACGAUGAGAUUCUCCUCGCACGAUGCAGUCAAGCAGAUGUUCACCAACAAGCUAACCAAGUCGGGGAACCUGACGAUCGUCCACGCGCAGGGUCUCGCGGAAAAGAAUACGUCAAAGAAAAAAUGGAGUGCUCUUGUGCAGGAGACUUCUAUGUUUCGAAAGUAUAACACUGCGUCCAGAGGACAGUACUCGCAAACACGCAAGAUGCGAACGUGCGCGGCGACGUUCAGAACGACGAGUCUCGAGAUUUUGAAAAAUCUCGCGACAGGCGCGGGAAACGGUGGCACACAUUUUGUCAGGUGCAUACGCACCGACCUCGAGGAUGUCCCUCGCAGCUUUUAUCGAGAAAUCGUAAGGCAACAAAUCAGGGCGUUAGCCGUUCUCGAUACCGCGAAAGCCAGACGACGCGGAUAUCCGUACAGGAUACCUUUCCAAGAAUUUCUUCGAAGAUACAAAUUCCUGGCCUUUGAUUUUGACGAGACGGUGGAGAUGACAAAAGAUAACUGCAGACUACUUUUGAUCAGAUUAAAAAUGGAAGGCUGGAUCAUCGGCAAGACCAAGGUCUUCUUAAAGUACUAUAAUGAGGAAUAUUUGUCGCGCCUGUACGAGACUCAGGUGAGAAAAAUCAUAAAAGUGCAGUGCAUGAUGCGUGCCUUUCUAGCGCGUAAGAACAUCGCUUCGAAAAUCAGUAACAUCAAGAAGGAAAUUGUGAAGAAAGCGUCAAUUAAGAGAAAUAACUCGCUCACUACAGAAGAAGCAGCAUUGAUGAUACAAAAAACAUACAGGGGCCACAUGGUAAGGAGGCAAACGGGUUCCUUACUGAAAGAAGAGAUGAGUCAAGAGACAAAGGAUUUUAUUAAAUUCUAUUACAGCAAAUGGAGAUCGAAAAGCAUGUUCCAAGUCCUCCUACGGUACCGUGCAGCCCGCUAUCAAGAUUUCGUACAAUUAUCCCAACAGGUUCAUCUGUACAAUCAAUCGGUAGUGGCAGCUUUGGGAAAAAUAAAUGAACACGUAUCUCUCGGAAAGAUCGAUCCAAAUGCCAAAAUAAAUGCCUACAUAAAUGAGAUGAAACCACCUCAAGUCUACAAACUGCCUUUCGACAUGCAACAAGAGCUCCCGUAUUUCGACGUGAAUUAUAUGAAUGAUCCUUCGAACGUGAACAUGAAACGUGGAGGGUCUGUAACAUCUACUUUAAGCGAAGACGAAUCCUGGGAUGCACCGUUCCGUAGACAAACCAUCCCCUGGGCCAACAAAAAUGUGCACACGAGAGAUAUUCAAGUCCAAACGACAAACUCGCCGCACCGUGUGCCCCUUCAUCGUCCGUCCGUUAACGGUGAGCAAAGUUUAAUCAAUACUCCAUUCACGAGGGACCCGAAUAUUCCAAUUCAGUGUUUACCGGAGGAACCAUCCCGCCGCAAUAUUUCUGGCUUUCAAUCUGCGAAUCAACAUGACUCCACACGUUCUUAUACUCCUUACUCCGCAAACUUGCAACGAAGCAACAAGAAUGACACUGGAUCAGCAUAUGCUAGGAAGGAAGUAUCAUCGUCAGCAGUAUCAUUCAAUCAAACACAACCUUCGGCAAUGCGUAAUUUUAACAACUAUGAGUCAGAUAUUCCCAACAGAAAUAAUAGAGAAUGGGAGUUUGAGAACAGAAUUAAUCGCAAUACUAACAGUAAUAAUCGUGUAAAUCCUAUAAAAGAAUUAGAAAUGAUCGGACGCAGGAACAACGAUGAUGAAAACGAUGAUGCACCUCCAUUCAACUUUCAAGCUAUGCUGCGAAAAACGACUCAUCAGCGUGCUUCGAUGAAACGUAAUCCAGUAUACGAGAGCGUCACGCCAGAAUCGAGACCAAAAUCUCAUCACCGCAAUAACGCUUUAGAUGAAUCUAAUACUGUCUACAAGAGCGGCAACAGUCGGAAAGAUUCACCAGAGUGGAGCCCGAACGAAAUGAUUCUCAUGUCAGAGAAAUAUGCCAAGGAGAAUGCAUGGGAUGAGGAAGGUGCCAAAGAUAGUAUUACUGCGGAGAUUGCACCAGGCAUUAUUGUCAAGGGCUACGUUGCUGACAUCUAAAAAAAUCACAAGUAGAGAUCAAGUGCAUCAAAAUCAGUUAAUUGCAUUUAUGUCUUUUUGCGUAUUUACUAUUGUUAGGGCUAUAAUCUGAAACAGGAGGAUCAUUAAUUAAAGUUCAGUAGAGACUAAGGAUCAAUGCAAUUUCUUGUAAAAUUUUAGAUUGUGUCUAGUAAUCAAUAUGUGUUUUGAAUUCUUAAUUAUAAUACUAAGAAUAAAAGAGGUAUAUCUACAACAAUGGCGCAAUAAAAUUGCUGACAUUGUUUGAAAAAUUA